GCGAGAGAGAGAGAGAGAGAGAGGGAGGGAGAGAGGAACGGAGAGAGGGAAGUUAACGCGCGGGCCGCGGGGAUGCCGGAGCUGCCGGAGGUGGAGGCGGCGCGGCGGGCGCUGCAGGCGCACUGCGUGGGGAGGCGCAUCGCGCGCUGCGCCGUGGCGGACGACGACAAGGUGGUCGUGGCCGCCGCCGGACGCGCGGCCUUCGAGCGCGCCAUGGUCGGCCGGACCAUCGUCGCCGCGCGCCGGAGGGGCAAGAACCUCUGGCUCCAGCUCGACGCGCCGCCCUUCCCGUCCUUCCAGUUCGGGAUGGCAGGCGCGAUAUAUAUCAAAGGCGUUCCUGUGACAAAUUAUAAGAGAUCCGUUGUCAAUUCCGAAGAGGAGUGGCCAUCCAAAUACUCUAAAUUCUUUGCUGAGCUUGAUGAUGGUUUGGAGUUCUCUUUCACUGAUAAACGGCGCUUUGCAAGAGUUCGUUUGUUUGAAGAUCCUGAAACUGUACCCCCAAUUUCUGAGCUGGGUCCAGAUGCUCUGUUUGAGCCAAUGUCUGUUGACGAUUUCUUGGACUCCCUGGGUAGAAAGAAGAUUGGGAUAAAAGCUCUUUUACUUGAUCAGAGCUUUAUAUCAGGCAUUGGUAAUUGGAUUGCAGACGAGGUGCUUUACCAGUCAAGGAUCCAUCCAUUACAGAUUGCUUCGAAUCUACCUAGGGAGAGUUGUGAAGCACUGCACCGAAGUAUCCAAGAGGUUGUGAAAUAUGCUGUUGAAGUUGAUGCUGACAUGGACCGCUUUCCAAAGGAAUGGUUAUUUCAUCAUCGUUGGGGCAAGAAGCCUGGCAAAGUCAAUGGAAAGAAAAUUGAAUUCAUCACAGCUGGUGGCAGGACUACUGCCUACGUGCCGCAAUUGCAAAAACUGAUUGGAAUCCAGUCCAGCAAAAUGGUAUCCGCUAACCUGGAACAACUAGCUGAGAACGUUGAUACCAAGGAUUCAGGGACUGAGGGAGAAGAUGCAGAUAUUUUGAAGCCAAAAAAGCGAGUCGCAACAUCCAGGGCUGCCAGGGGACAACAAAACAAAGAUACUGUGGGCGCCAGUUCGAGAAAAGCAAGGGGAAAUGCUGGUGCCACUAAGAAACCAGAUGCCGAUGUUGAGCCUGCUGAACCAGAAACAGUUGUCACCGAAAGCAACGGUGAGCAAAUUUUGGACCAACCCAACAGUAAUGCUGUCAAUAAAUCAGAUCAGGUUACAAGAAGAUCAUCAAGGAAAGUGAAACCCCGUAAGUAAAUCUGAACAAGGUAACCAGGAAUCGGUCCAUUGAUUUUCACUAUUAUUAGCAAUCAGCAUUUUGGUGUAUAUAUGUAGUGGCCAGCAUAUUUUGCACUCUAAGUGAAAACCUGGAGGAAUGGUUUCAGCAUGCUCUGUUUUGUUUUUUACACGAUCUGUGUGAUGUACCUUUGGAACAGAAGAUGCCUGUUGCAUAUUAUUGGGGAAUUCGCUCCAGACCAACAUUUGCCCUAUCA